AUGAGUACCUGUGUUGAAUGUGGACAGUCCGUGGCUAACUUGUACACCCAGUACAGUAUAGACAAUAUAAGACUAACUACUUGUGAGCGUUGCAAUCAGUUUGCCGAUAAAUACGUUGAACACGACUUCAUAAUCAUCUUUAUUGAUAUGUUAUUACAUAAACCUCAGGUGUACCGGCACUUACUCUUUAACCGUAUUACGAAACAAGAUGGUGUUGAACCUCAUGUAUUUCGAUUUGCCAUUUUGCUGAUACUUUUUGAAGUUUAUAUCAAAUGGUUUCGACUUGAAAGAUAUUACACUGAAUAUGAUUCACAAUUCAUACAUCAACCAUUGUAUUAUCAACACAAUUACGUAUCAAUGGCAUUGAUCAUAUCGAGCUUUGGUAAAAUGUUAUUAAUACUGAUGGUGAUUUGGGACUACAAACAGCUGGAAUAUUCAUGGCUUGUCAAUAUCAUUGUCUUGGCCUCAAAUACUGAAGCUAUGUCAGGUAGUGUGUAA